UAAUUUGAAUAUGGGGCUCUAUCUUAGGCUACUUGAUGUAUGAGUUGGGCAUUAACGACAGAUGGUCAAUUAUCUCCGAAGCAACUUGAGUCACAAUAGUUAAAAUGCAUUUAAAUCGAUCGAAACUAUAUCAAAUUGAAUCAAGUUUGACACCCCUAGUUACUGGUUUAGAUUAUAACACAUUAUGAAACCUGAUUUUCACCUAUUUUUCGCUCUUCAAAACUUGUUUUAAAGAAUCUAUUGCAAGAAUGCAUACCUUAUAUUCCAUACACUACCACAUACACUACCACAUCUAACAAUGUUGAGAACAAGAACAACCCAAAGAAACAACAAUACCAAACGCAUGUGUGCUUAGUGCAUAUAAUCUGGACACUGAAAUGACGAGAUUUGUGGUCCUCCCACCAAUCAUCUUACGAGUCUUGUUGGUUACCCACAUUAAUAAGUCAGUAACCGCUCACAAAGCUCUCACAUGCUCCUUGACCCUUGUGCAUUUGUGCUUCCAGUCUUCGACUGCAAAUCUUCUCUCUCUUAUAUAUUUCAUGGUAACUUUCAGUUAUCUGUCCUUCGUUUUUUAGUUUCUUUCGUUCCUCCGCUGUUUUCAAACCGUUCUUGGCAAUGGCGGAUCAUUAUUGGAGGUACGGAUACGGAAACCAGACUAAUAUGUCUCCUGUUGCCGGAAAACGUCCUCGCUCCGUCUAUGUUGCAGAGUUCCCUGGAAGUGAUGAAUUUCCUAGUUAUUUCCCUCGUGAAGAUGAAAGAGGUCCACCUCGUGUUGUAAUAAACGUCGAAACCAUCGGAGCAUCCUAUGAUCGUUACCUUCGCCAAGUGAGAAUGCCAUCGUAUGGUCGUGAAGUAACUAAUAGUCCAAUGAGUGGGGAGAUAAUCAGUCAUCCUGUUGAUGAUCCACAUAUGAUGAUGAAUGGUGGGGGCAUGGAGCUCGGCAUGGCUGGAAAAAGCCAGAACAUGGGGUUUGGCCAUGGAAGACUUGAGAUGCCUCUCCCCCCUGGUGCUUCAAACACUCUGUUUGUGGAGGGCUUGCCUAAAGACUGUACCCGCAGGGAAGUUUCCCAUAUUUUUCGCCCAUUUGCAGGAUUUAAAGAAGUAAGAAUUGUAACCAAGAAAUAUAAAUCUAGACAUUCGCUUGUCCUUUGCUUUGUUGAUUUUGCAACUCCAGCCCAGGCAGCGAGGGUAAUACAUGCCUUGCAAGGUUACAAAUUUGAUGUGCAUGACCAGAAUUCAGGCAAUUUAAGGGUAGAAUUUGCUCAUCAUCCUGAUCUGAGGUCAGUUGGUGGGCCUUGUGGAAAGCGUUGAAUAGUGCGGGUUUCCAGUUGAACGGGCACUUCUGUGGAGGAACCACUUGGGUCAGGAGGUCUACGACUGAGGAACAAUUGGUAGAGUUUUUCGUGAGGUUUCUGCCUGCGCUAGGACUUUGCUAACAAGUUGAUAGCUGCACUACUUGCAUUUUAAUUGGGUAAUCAUUUAAGUUUUUGAGUCUUUUAGAGUUUGGGACUUAACAAUAUCUCCCCUUUUGUUUAUUUUAUGAAUCAGAAUUUCAAUUAAUGAGACAAUUGAAUGGAAUAUGGUCAACAUCAUGCUAGGAGUUGCUUGUUUUCUA